UGAGCGCAGGCGGAGGAGCGACGGAGAGGAGAGAGGAGUGGAGCAGUGAGCUGGAGGAGAGGAACGCCUCCAAACUGCUCCUCUCUUAUUAUUCACCGAGUUCCUGCAUUCAACCAGACCUACGGUGAGUCCCUCCGCUGUAGUCCUCAGUGCCAGAGAGGUUAUCCCUGUGAACCAGUUCUCGGAAAUAACAGAAGAGUUUUCAUCCACUCCGCGGGCGCAAAGGCUUUCAUCGUGGCUCUUUCACGAGUGGCAUGCUCGCGCGACCCUUCGGGUACGACUGAACUCCUGCUUUCAACCAAAGAGGAUUCAAUGAAAAUGUCAGUGUGCGUCCAUGAGAACAGAAAAUCCAGAGCCAGCACCGGCUCCAUGAAUAUCUACCUUUUUCACAAAUCCUCCUAUGCUGACAGUGUUCUCAUGCACCUUAACUCUCUACGGCAGCAGAGGCUUUUUACAGACGUCCUCCUUCAUGCAGGCAGCCGCUCCUUCCCCUGCCACCGUGCAGUGCUGGCCGCAUGCAGCCGCUACUUUGAGGCCAUGUUCAGUGGCGGCCUGAGGGAGAGCCAGGCCAGCGAGGUCGACUUCCGAGACUCGAUCCAUCCGGAGGUUUUGGAGCUGCUGCUUGAUUACGCGUACUCAUCCCGCGUGGUGAUCAACGAGGAGAACGCAGAGUCACUACUGGAGGCUGGGGACAUGUUGGAGUUUCAGGACAUCCGCGAUGCCUGCGCCGAAUUCCUGGAGAGAAAUCUUCAUCCGUCCAACUGUCUUGGCAUGCUAUUGCUGUCUGACGCCCACCAGUGUACAAAGCUGUCAGAGCUCUCCUGGGGCAUGUGUCUAAGCAACUUCCCCGCCAUUUGCAAGACAGAGGACUUUCUCCAAUUGCCCAAAGAUAUGGUAGUGCAGCUUUUGUCACACGAGGAGUUGGAGACGGAAGACGAGAGACUGGUUUAUGAAGCUGCGCUUAACUGGAUCAACUACGACCUAGAAAAGAGGCACUGCUACCUCCCAGAGCUUUUGAGAACAGUCCGUCUUGCCUUACUGCCCGCCAUCUUUCUCAUGGAGAAUGUUUCAACAGAAGAGCUGAUUAAUGCGCAGGCAAAGAGCAAGGAACUGGUAGAUGAAGCUAUUCGCUGUAAGCUGAAGAUUCUCCAGAAUGAUGGCGUUGUAAACAGUCCCUGUGCUCGACCCAGAAAAACCAGCCAUGCCCUCUUUCUUCUUGGGGGGCAGACAUUCAUGUGUGAUAAAUUGUACCUGGUGGACCAGAAAGCCAAAGAGAUAAUCCCGAAGGCUGACAUACCUAGUCCUAGAAAGGAAUUCAGUGCCUGUGCCAUAGGCUGUAAGGUGUACAUCACAGGGGGGCGAGGAUCAGAGAAUGGCGUUUCCAAAGACGUGUGGGUCUAUGACACUGUUCACGAGGAAUGGUCAAAAGCGGCACCCAUGCUCAUCGCCAGGUUUGGCCAUGGCUCUGCAGAGCUGAAACACUGCCUCUAUGUUGUAGGUGGACACACUGCCGCAACAGGCUGUCUGCCAGCCUCCCCUUCUGUGUCACUCAAACAAGUAGAACAAUUUGACCCGGUGGCAAACAAGUGGACCAUGGUAGCACCUCUCAGAGAAGGUGUUAGCAAUGCAGCAGUGGUCAGCGUGAAGCUCAAGCUGUUUGCCUUCGGAGGAACCAGCGUCACCCACGACAAACUCCCCAAGGUGCAGUGCUAUGAUCCACAAGAGAACCGAUGGACUGUGCCGGCAUCCUGCCCGCAGCCCUGGCGUUACACGGCCGCUGCAGUGCUGGGGAACCAAAUAUUUGUCAUGGGCGGGGAUACUGAAUUCUCAGCCUGCUCAGCUUACAAGUUCAGUAGUGAGAACUACCAGUGGACUAAAGUUGGGGAUGUGACAGCCAAGCGGAUGAGCUGUCAGGCUGUGGCAUCAGGAAACAAACUGUAUGUGGUGGGUGGGUACUUUGGUACGCAGCGGUGUAAAACUCUGGACUGCUACGACCCCACGCUCGAUGCAUGGAACAGCAUUACCACUGUUCCAUACUCGCUCAUUCCUACCGCCUUUGUCAGCACCUGGAAGCAUCUACCAGCUUGAAUCCUGAACGCCUCUACCCUCCCCAUUAGGUAAGAUCCAUUUCUUAAACCUAUACAUUUUAACCAAUUGGGUUCGGAUUUAGGUUUCUGACACAAUCUUUAAGCUUAAUUAAUAGAAUCAAACAAAAAAAUCCAACAAACGAGGACCUUUCAAUUCUGCUUCCAAACCUAGAGUUAAUGCGAGCAGUUUAGAUCUGAUUCCACAGUGAGAAAAACCGGGGUCUGCUCAGCAAAAGAAGAUCAAGGGUAGGGUAGAUGGAUCUCUUAAAUGCUUCUGGGCUUUAUUACGACGAGGCAAAUGGCUGUUUUGAAAAGGACAGAAAGGGUAACUGAAAGAGAGUAGGAUCCAUUUGCAUCUUCUAUGAGAGAAUCUCUAAGAAAAAGGAGCCAAUUAGCUUAACCACACAUCCCCGAGACCCUUCCCCACACACACGCUCAACCUUUGAUGGGUCUGUGGUCAUUGGAAAAGAGAAGGGGGGUAGCUUGCGUCUCACACAGUGUCGGAAGCCAUUUAUCAUCAGUUACAAGAAGAGGUGACUGAGAGGAAAGCCAGCAGGGGAAAGGAGGAGGGGGAGCUAGAGAACUUUCCAGCAUGAAACCCAUCCUUGGCAGCCCGUACACACACACACACAUCAUCCUUGAUAAUAGUCAUGUUACUCCUUAGAUUUAGCAUUUCAUCUUCUGUCUUAAUGACCUCAUUCUAACCCAGCACUCCUGCUCUGAUGAUAAGCAGGCCAGACGUAUGUGGAGCAUGGGUAGCAAGCUCACAGUUUUCAUCUUUCUCUUUGCACAAUUCCCAGACUAAUGCCCCCACACAUUAAGUAGCUGUGCAAGCAAUUUUUUUUAUUACUUUUUUAUUCAAUGCCUGUCAGGCCCUGACUCCUGAGAAUAAAAAAGAACAAAGUAGAGAGACUCCUCAAGCUUCUAACUCUGCGUGACUCCCCUCUGAUAAUGUUAGGAGACGACUUAGAACAGCUAUGCUGCUCUGACAUUGUGAAGUUCCUUCGCUUCUUAGAUGAAAUAUUUUCUUGCACUCAUUAUCCCCACUUAUUUUGAGUGACUCAUCUCUUAAAUGGACAGAUGAGAUGGGUGAUUUAAAGUAUCUUUAAAGCAGAGCAACACAGUGCCCUGAUAAGUGACAGAUCCUGCUUCUAAUUUAAAGUAAAACUUCUUUCUUCUUUUUUUUUUUUUUGGUGCGCCUUCAUGUCAUGGCAACUGACAGAGUCCCCUCACUGAACAGGGUGAAUAGAGGAAAUGUGAGGAAUGGAAAAGAAGGCUGAGUGUUUAGGAAUGAAAGGAAAAGGGAAGUAUGUUGGGACCUCACAGAAGGAGAUUGUAGCUGAGAGAGAAAGGAAAAAAAAAAAAGAA